ACAACAAACGCAACAAUGAAUGUUUUGCAUGAACGACUUGAGUUAUUAAUUAUGGUUGUGCCAGAAACGAAACUAGGAAAACCAUGGAUUUUGGUAGUUUUGGGCUUCAUGGGUGUCUUCGGAGUAAGCAUGUUAUUUCUUUAUCCUUGGUUAUCAAAAUUAGCGAUGGCUUCAGUUCUAUCACUUCGAAAUUCUGCAACUUUUGAUUUAUGGAAAAAAAAUCCGAUACCAAUAUUUUUGGAAUUCUUUUUAUUUAAUUGGACAAAUCCUCACGAAUUAUACAACCCGGAUGUAAACCCACAUUUCACCGAAAUUGGACCGUUUGUAUUCGAAGAAAUUAAAGAAAGAGUUAAUAUUACCUUCAAUGAAAACAAUACGGUUACUUUUAAACAAAAACAUACGUUUUUCUUUAGAGAAGAAAUGAGUGUUGCGCCUUUAUCGAUGAACAUAACAACUGUUAAUGCAAUUGCUGCUUCAGCUAGUUACAUUAUUAGAGAUUGGAAUUUCGUGCUUCGAAAAGGAUUUGAUUGGAGUUUAAGGACCGUUUCUCAAAAAAUGUACACUACAAAAACAGCAGGAGAAUUUAUAUUUUUUGGAUACGAUAAUCCAUUAAUUCUUAUGGCAAGAACAGUUCCAAAUUUUCAUGGAGUCGAAGUUCCCGAUUGGGAUAAAUUCGCUUGGUUUUAUAAGAGAAAUGAUAGUUCUGAUAUUGACGGUGUUUUCAAUAUGUACUCCAGUGGCGAAAAUUUUGGACAUAUGAAAAAUUGGAAUUACAAAAGUAAUAUGUCAAUUUAUCACGACGAUUGUGAUAAAAUUAAAGGUCCAGCUGGAGAAAUGUUUGGUCCCAAUCGAAAGCGUAAUCAAAUCGGGUUCUUUUCGACCGAUAUUUGUCGAUACGUUCAAUUAGAUUAUGUUAAAGACGAAGAAAUUAAUGGAAUACAAGGAUAUAGAUACGAACUUGGCGAUGGAUUUUUCUCAACAAAAGACCACAAUUCGUGUUAUUGCUCUGGAGGUUCUUGUUCGGCGCCGUACGGAGCUGUAAAUGUAUCUGCUUGUAAAUUUGGAGCUCCAGGCUUUGUUUCUAGACCACAUUUUCUCGGUGCAGAUGAAUACUAUCUCAAUAGCGUUGAUGGAAUGCAACCGGAUGAGAGAAAACAUCAAAUGUAUCUUACUGUUGAACCGACAACUGGGAUUCCUUUAGAAGUUGAAGCUCGUUUCCAAUUAAAUGUUUUAUUAGAGAAAAUAGAUUAUGUUUCAAUGUUUGAAAAUCUACCUCGAGAACUUUACAUUCCAGUUUUAUGGGUACAACAAAAAGCCAAAAUACCAUACAGUUUCCAAAUAAUUUUAAAGAUCUAUUUGAACAUUCCCUCAAUAUUUAAAUGGACUGGUGUAGUGUUAAUUUUAUUAGUAGUUCCAUUAUUUACAAUAAUUUUAUACAAACCGAUUUUAAAUAGGAUAAGAUGGCGAGCGACAAGAAGAAAAAAUAUUAGAAUAACUUUCAACGACUCCGAAUGUGGUUUAUCGCUCGUAAACGGAAAUAAACUAGUCGUUUUAAAUCAAAGUAGUAAUAGUAAUAAUAAAGAAAUUGUUAUGGAAGUGAAACCGGCUGGAAUUCUAGGAAAAUAUAUGCGUAUAAUAUGUUUAAUAAUAGGAACAAUAUUUUUAACAUUCGGUUGUGUGUUUUUGUUCAAAUUCGACGACAUUUACGAUUACAUAGUGAAAUCAGCAAUGCAUUUCGGCCCGGAAUCGGAACCGUUCAAAGCAUGGAGAAUAAACGACCCCCCAUUAAUUUUGGAUUAUUAUUUCUUCAAUUGGACCAAUUCAGAAGAUGUUUACAAUAAGACUGUUAAACCGAAGUUCGAGCAAAUUGGACCGUACAAAUUUUAUGAAGUUAAAGAAAAAGUUAAUAUCACUUGGCACGAAAAUAACACGAUCAGCUACAAUUAUGUUAAAAGAUAUAGGUAUAUUGAAAGUAACGAUUCAAGAAGUUUGCAAGAUACAAUUACUACCAUUAAUCCGGUUUUAUUGACAGCUGCGUACAAAGCAAGAUUUACUACUGGAAUUCAAAGAAUGUUAUCAAAUAUUGGAUUUGCCGCUUCUAGUUUAUUCGUAACAAAAACUGUUGAAGAAUUAAUGUUUGUUGGUUAUUAUGACACUCUUCUUUCGUUUGCUAGUGCUUUUACAUCGGAUGUACCAGAUAAAUUUGGAUUUUUUUAUAAAAGAAAUAACUCUGUCAGUCCCGAUAGAGUAUCUAUGUAUAUAGGUCAAAAUGAAUACUUCGGUAAUUUAUUAACAACUAAUUUUAAAAAUCAUUCGGGAUUGUUCGAAGGAAGUUGUGGUGAUAUUCGUGGUUCAGCUGGCGAAUUUUUUCCAUUAAACCAAAAACCAAAUUUCGUAGAAAUAUAUUCUCCGGAAUUGUGUAAAUACGCUCGGUUGGUAUAUGAAAAAAAUGUUUCUGUUAAAGGAAUAAAAGCGUAUAGAUUUGGAUCAAAAGUUUUAUUUGAUAAUGGAACAGUUUAUCCUUCAAAUUCAUGUUUCUGCGCAGGGGAAUGUAUCCCUUCUGGUGUUCAAAACGUAUCAACUUGCAGAGGAAAUUCACCAACAUUUUUAUCUUUGCCUCAUUUUUAUGACGCGGAUCCUUAUUAUCUUUCGCUAUUAGAAGGACUUCAUCCAGAAAAAGAGAAACAUGAAUUAGGAUUAUCCGUAGAACCAACUUCUUCAGUUAUUCUCGAUUCAUCUUUACGAAUGCAAAUCAAUAUGUUACUUCAGCCAAUAGAAGGAUUGACUAAAUUUAAAUAUGUCCCAAAAGUAUUCGUGCCGAUUUUCUUUUUUGAUCAAACUGUAACGCUUUCGGAUGAGAUUUUAGACAAAAUUAAAUUGAUACAAGAUUUACCUGAAAAUUCGACUGCAAUAUCCCUUGGAAUUAUAAUAUUCGGUACUGUUUUUAUAGGAAUCUCAAUUAUCUUGUUAAUUUUCGUUCGGCAAAAGAAUAAAACGGCAAAAUAUGAAAUAAAUAAUAUUAAAAAACAAUUAGCUGAACAGAUGCCACUCAAAUAAACCAAAAACUAAAAAAAUUUAAGAAAAUGAAUACUUAAAUAAGAUAUUUAUGUUUAAAUUUGAGAAUUUUGUACAUA